AUGACAAGGUUUAUUACCCUAUGCAUGUUGUUCUUUUUCUGUGUUAUAAUUUUGGCUUCUGCACAAAGUGCCACUGUGACGUCCACAUAUAAUUUAUACCAACCAGAACAGCAUAACUGGGAUUUACUUGCAGUAAGUGCAUUUUGUGCCACUUGGGAUGCAGACCAGCCUUUAUCAUGGCGUAGCAAAUACGGUUGGACUGCUUUCUGUGGACUUGUUGGGCCUCAAGGCCCCGAUUCUUGCGGUCGUUGCUUGAAGGUGAGAAACACUAAAACUGGAGAUGAGGAAAUAGUAAGAAUUAUUGACCAGUGCCAUAAUGAGGGCUUAGAUUUGGACAUCAGUGUGUUCCAUAGGCUUGACUCGGAUGGAAGUGGAGAUGCUCAGGGUCAUCUUAUUAUCAACUAUGAUUUUGUGGAUUGUGGUGACUAA